AUGGUCACAUCGACACGAGAAAGGAUUAACAUAGACGAUCUUCUCGACCCCGCCCAUGCCAACGAUGGAGAGAAGUUCUGCGACAAUCGAAGACCGUCGCGUCGCUUUUCUGGCAAGACCGAAAAAGAUACAAUCACACACAAGAUUCAACCUGGGUCGAGAGGGGAGAGAAUGCUGCCUCGCAAGAUUUAUGUUUGUCCCAUGGCACCUUCCCAGUGCGACCGAGGACCGUCCUAA